AUGCUAAUUCAGACUAAGCUGGCAGGCAAAGCUAGUGAGGUAUUUGCAGCGCUGUCAGAUGCGGGAUCAAGAGAUUAUGCCGAUGUCAAAAAGGCUACUUUGAGUGCUUAUGAAUUGGUACCAGCAGUAUUCGUACUGACUGCCCCAAAUAUUCUGCGAGUCGAAAAUGAAGAAAAUAUCGUUGUGGAAAGCUACCACAGCAACCAAGACUUAAAUGUUGAAAUUCGUUUAUCAUUUUUCACUAAAACUUACACAAUUUUUAGAACUGAAGGCCGAUUAUCAUCAACUAAUAAUUACCUAAUUUCAGUACCAGUUCAGAUACCUAGGGAAAAAGUUAGACAAGAAUCUUCCUUGCCCCAGUAUGUGCUGUUGGAAGCACAAUCAUCAGUGUUUCACUUGGAGCGAGUUAUCCUUAUUUCAUAUCAAUUAGGACACAUAUUUAUCCAGACUGAUAAACCAAUCUACACACCAACUCAGACUGUUAAUUACCGUUUGCUUACUGUGGACAAUGACAUGAAACCUAUCAGAACAAGCGCCCUGGUUGAUUUUGUGGUAAUUAUUGGAAUAUGGAAGAUUGCUGUGAGCUUCAAAGAGGUCAGCCAUGUAAACUACACCACUGAAUUUGAAGUUAAGGAAUAUGUGUUACCGAGUUUUGAAGUUGCCCUGGAGUCGAAACAAAAGUUUUUUUAUGUUGAUGAUACGAAAUUGGAUGUUUCAAUCACUGCAAGAUUCACUUAUGGAAAGCCUGUUGAGGGUCGUGCAUUCGUUAUGUUUGGAAUAAUGAAGGAUGGUGAAAGGAUAGCCAUUCCAUCAUCACUUCAAUCAGUCGCUAUUACAGAUGGCCGAGGAGCUGCUUCCCUGACGAGCAGAGAUUUGAAUGCCAGCUUUCCCAACAUUUAUGAAUUUGUGGGAUGCUCAAUCUAUAUUGCUGUUAGUGUCAUAACACAUUCAGGUAGUGACAUGGUCGAAGCAGAAAAAACAGGAAUAAAAAUAGUCACCUCCCCGUACACCAUAUCAUUCACCAAGACUUCCAAGUAUUACAAGCCUGGAAUGCCAUUUGAUUUAGUGGUCCAAGUAACAAAUCCUGAUGGUUCACCAGCCAGUGGAAUCCCAAUGAUGACCAAGGAUGGAAAGUAUACUUCCAGGACAGAAGCUAAUGGUCAUGCCAGGGUGUCAAUAAACACAGGUGGACAAGCAAGCAACAUACCAAUAGAAGUUGUAACAAACGUUGCCAAUAUCCCCAAAGACCGUCAGGCCUCUGCAAGUAUGAUGGCACAACCAUACAGGACACAGUAUGGUUCAAAGAACUACUUACAUAUCAGCAUUCAACAAACAGAGCUCGAUCCCGGAAAAGAUCUGCCAGUUCAACUCAAUCUCCGAAAUGAUGAUGCUGCAACCCAGAACCAGAUAAAGUACUUCACUUACAUGAUAAUAAGCAAAGGCAAAAUAGUGAAAGUUGGACAGCAACCAAGACAGCAAGAUCAAAUCAUAACGAUUAUGAAAAUUCUAGUCACCCCCGAUUUAAUUCCAUCCUUCAGACUGCUAGUCUAUUACUAUUUGUCAAGGGGAUCAGCAACAGAAAUGGUUGCAGAUUCUAUAUGGGUUGAUGUGAAAGACACGUGCAUGGGAACAUUAAUCGUGUCUAAUGCAAAUGAGGACGAAGAAAAUAAGAUUUACAAACCUCGCAAUCAGUUUAGACUGAAAAUCACAGGCGACUCUGGGGCAACUGUCGGCUUAGGUGCUGUAGAUAAAGCUGUGUUCGUAUUGAAUAAGAAACAUAAGCUAACACAGAGUAAGAUCUGGGACGUUGUCGAGAAGAAUGACAUUGGAUGCACGCCUGGAAGUGGUAGUGAUGUUCUUGGCGUUUUCAUAGAUGCGGGACUAACAAUUGUAACAAGCACUGACCUCAAGACACCUACAAGGACAGAGCUGAAGUGCCAACAGCCAACGAAGCGCAAACGCCGUUCGACGAGAUUAAUGGACGUUAAAGCAGCUAAAUUAUUUUCUACAUGUUUCCUGUUUCAACCAUUGCACCUUUACAUUCUAGUACAACAGUACAGUUCCCAAACACAGAGGAUAUGCUGUAAAGAUGGAAUGAUGUCAAAUCCCAUGGGAUUUUCGUGUGACAGGAGAGCUAAGAAGAUAACACUGAGUGAAGAGUGUAAAGCUGUUUUCCUAGAUUGCUGUAACCGCAUCCAAGCGUUUAAGGAUCUACAGAGAAGAAGUCAAUUGACUUUAGCAAGAAGUAAGUGUGAUGACGAUGACUACUAUUCUCCCUAUGACGAGAUAAUAGCAAGAACUGAUUUCCCAGAAACCUGGCUCUGGAUACAGAGGACUCUGCCCACAAAUGACCAAACAGGAGUUGAUUCAAUUAUUGUACCUGGUAUCCUUAAGGAUUCGAUCACGACUUGGGAAAUACAAGCUGUCAGUGUGUCUCCAACGAAGGGAAUAUGUGUUGCUGAACCUUAUAAACUGGUAGUGCAGAAGGAAUUUUUCAUUGACCUUCGACUCCCAUACUCUGUUGUUCGCAAUGAACAAGUGGAAAUUCGAGCAAUCCUGUACAAUUAUGGUACAGAGGACAUUAAGGUGCGCGUGGAAUUUCCAUAUAAUGAAAAGUUCUGUAGUUCUGCAAAACCGUCACAGAGAUUCAGGCAAUAUGUUGAUAUCCCUGCAAAAGGGUCAACAGCUAUACCUUACAUCAUAGUUCCAUUGGAAAUUGGGCAAAUCAAUGUUGAAGUCAAAGCCUCAGUCUAUGACAGACUUGUUACUGAUGGUGUGAACAAACCCCUCCGUGUGCUGAAACCCAAACAUAUCAAUAGAAAGCAGGACUCAUGAACAGUACUUCACCCGGAAGCGCACUGAAGAUGUAGUGAACAAAAACUUGAGGUUGAUAUCAAGUCUCCAAGUGACAUUCUUCCAAAAACAGAGGUUAACACAUUCAUCAGUGUCCAAGGAGACAUCUUAGCCCAAACAAUUGAAAAUUCCAUUGAUGGAGCCAAGCUGAGGCAUCUAAUUAGUGCUCCUUGGGGCUGUGGAGAGCAGAACAUGAUAAAUUUAACCCCAGGAGUGCUCGUCACCAAAUUUCUGGACAAAACGAUGCAAUGGGAAAGAGUGGGAAUUGACAAACGAGGGAUUUCAUUGAAUUACAUUGAACAAGGUUAUGCUCGGCAACUCACAUAUCGUAAAACUGAUGGUUCCUAUGCAGCUUAUCUGAGUGAACCAUCUAGCACAUGGCUGACUGCAUAUGUGCUGAAAGUGGUUGCGAUGGCGCAAGAUUUGAUCACAAUUGAUGCAAGACGUGUUUGUGAGGCUGCUAAGUGGCUGAUAUACAAUAAACAGCUUCUUGACGGUCACUUCAAAGAAGAUGCUCCUGUUUUGUAUUUGAAAACCAUGACUGGGGAACUUGGUGGAUCUGAAAAUGAUGCUUCCUUAACUGCAUUUGUACUCAUUGCAAUGUUUAAGGCUGAUGCUAUUUGUUCACCUUUUAAUUAUAAAGACAGUAUCACAAAAGCAGCAGAAUACCUGAAAAACCGCAUUGAUAAUCUGAAGAGAGCAUAUUCUGUGGCGAUAACAGCCUAUGCUCUCUCAUUAUUGAAUAUCAACAAACUGAACACCCUGAUGAGAUUUGCUUCAGGAGAACAAUCGUACUGGACAGAUACCAGUAAAGACAACUUUUUCUACACAGUUGAGACUACAGGAUAUUCCCUUCUCACACUUGUGCAGUUUAAGGAAUUUGACAAAGCUGGCAAAUUAGUAAAAUGGUUGUCUCGUAGGAGCGAGUUUGAAGGUGGCUACAGAAGCACACAGGUGACAAUGGUUGUUUUACAAGCUCUGACCGAUUACCAGGCAAAUGUCCCUCAGGAGAAGGAAAUUGAUUUGGAUGUUGUCGUAAGCAUUCCUGGUCGGGCACUUCCUGUUCCAUGGCGUUUUAGCUCAGCAAAUAGAUAUGUCACCAAAACAGAAGAGAUGAAGAACAUUGGGAAGUUUACAGUGAAAGCGAAAGGAAAAGGACAAGGAACGUUGAAGGUUUUAACUCGUUACUAUGCUCAAUUAUCGAAGGUCGCCAAAGAAUGCAAGAACUUUGAUUUACACAUUACUGUGGGAGAGGUGCCUCAAGCAAAGCGACCCCAGCAUGCUCUGAAUUCUCUGGAAAUAAAUAUCUUUACAAGAUUUCUUGGUGACUCCGAUUCCACAAUGGCCAUUAUUGACAUUUCCAUGCUGACAGGAUUUACUCCAGAUGUGGACGAUCUUAAUUCGCUUCAGAAUGGAGUUGACAGAUAUAUAUCAAGUUACGAGCUGGACAAGUCAUUAUCAACACAAGGAUCUCUGAUCAUUUAUCUGAAUUCGGUUUCACACACAGAAGACACUCAGUUGGGAUUUAAAGUACAUCAGUUCUACAGAGUUGGACUUAUUCAACCAGCUUCUGUCAAAGUUUAUGAAUAUUAUAAUGAUGAGAAUAGUUGCAGUAAAUUCUACAAUGUCAAUGAAAGCAGUGCCAUGCUGAGCAAAAUCUGUGAAGGUGAUGUUUGCAAAUGUGUAGAAGGAAGUUGUUUGUCAGUUAAAAUGCCGUCCCAUCGAGUCAGUCACAGAGACCGUAGUGAAAAAUCAUGUCAACAUGAGAUCGAUUAUGUUUACAAAAUAAGAUUCCACAAAAAGGAAAAGAGGGACAAUUACAUAAUCUACGAAAUUACAGUUUUGCUUGUGAUAAAACAAGGCACUGAUGAUGUUGUGGCAGAACAAGAUAGAGAGCUAAUCACUCAUGCCAAUUGUGAGGAAAUAUUUAAUGUGGAAUUGGAAAAUGACUAUCUACUGAUGGGACAGUUAUCAGAUUUGUGGAAAGAUGGUGAAAGAAUCAAAUUGGUGACGCCAUACAUUGGUGGAACGUCUUCAGUUCAGAUUGAAAUUAACCGGCGUCCGAGCCUUCGAAAAAUAGUUCAGCUUUUCAGGCAACUCAGCCAGUGCUAG